AUGGCCGAUUUCUUCAAAUCCUCGUCGUCGGCUUCGCCUUCGCCUACUCCUCAAGAUGCCCUCGCUCGCAAAGAGGCUGUCAUGACAUCUAUCCGGAACGAGCUUGCUCUCGCAAACGCGCAGGAGCUCAUGAACAAAACAAACGAAAAAUGUUACGCAAAAUGCGUUACCAAGCCCUCCACUUCGCUGUCGGGCUCUGAGGAGACAUGUCUGGCUCGCUGUCUGGAUAGGUAUAUGGAGGCUUUCAACAUCGUCAGCCGGGCAUAUACCACUCGGCUCAGCAAAGAGCGUCUUACUGAGACCCAGAUAUAAGUCGCGACCUUGGAGUUCAGCCCCGUCCCUGGUCUAUGCGUGAAGCCACGAACCGAGCGCGUAUGAGCAUCCCGCGGACUAUAGCAUCCUCCGGCCCCUGGCCCCUGGCCAGACAUGGACGUAUGUUCCCAUGUAAUAUACAUAUUUAUUACACCCCCUGCAGUCUUUGCCGCACUCGCUCAAGAGUAACCUCAGCUCUAGAUUACCUAUCAUCUGUUACGCAGUCGUUCUAGUGGUCAGCUAGUAGUUCGUGCAACGCGCUGCAUAAUGAUUUUCGUUCCCAC